CCCCACGUGUCCUAAGGCGCCUCCAUUAUUGAAUGGAUUGCUCUUUGAAGAUUCAUACCAUCAUCACAUCACGCUUCUUCACUCUCUUCUGUACUUUCUCACUGUUUCUUCUUUCAGUGGGCCUCUUUUACUUCUCUCUAUCUUCUUCCUCAUGCCCAAUCUGAUCAUUAUCUUCUUUACCCGUCUCUUUCCAUCCCCUUUGAAUUUAAUUGUAUUUUAGGUUAUGAUAUGUAUAUUGUGUGAAAUCUUGUGGUAGCUUUGUAGAUUGAUGGGUGAAUCCAUUGUGCAAACUCCUGUUGUCAAGCACAAGAUGGGUGAGUCAGCUGUAUCUGGUCCUAGACUUGAAGUAUCAGUUUCUUUUGGAAGGUUUGAGAAUGAUGCACUUUCUUGGGAGAAAUGGUCAUCUUUCUCCCCUAAUAAGUAUCUUGAAGAAGUUGAAAAGUGUUCGACACCUGGAUCAGUAGCUCAGAAGAAGGCGUAUUUCGAAGCACAUUACAAGAAGAUUGCCGCUAAGAAGUUGGAGCAAUUAGAGGAGGAAACACAACAAGUAGAAAAGGAAAUGGAACCUCAGGUUUCUGAUGGUGAUUUCAGUUUAUCCAAUGGUGAGCAGCAAAUGUCAGCGAAAGAUUUGAAGACUAGUGAUGAAGUUGAUGAGCCAAAGGAGGAUACUACUGUUGAUGUGGAGCGUGAUAACUUAUUAGUUGACAAUGCUAAGGAACUAACUAUCUCAGGAAUUGAUGAGUCAAAGGAGGAUUUUUCUGUUGAUGUAGAGUGUGAUAGCUCAUUGGUCACUGAAGUUAAAGAAGGAACUAUUUCGGGAAUCGAUGAGUUAAAGGAUGAUAUUUCCGUUGAUGUGGAGUGCGAUUGCUUAUUGGUUACUAAAGCUAAGGAAGAAACUAUCUUGGGAACAUGUGAUCACGAAGAACUUCAUAAGGUUGAAGAACGGAAUCCUGAUAAAGGAUGUCAAGAUAGUGUAGUAGAGACUCCACAAGCGGAUACUCAAGCUCAAAAAUCCUCUAUUAAGAAAAGCAAGACCCCUAGCGCAAACGUAAAGAAUGCGCCUCGUAAGGUACACACUGAGGAUCGGGUAUCCGCUAGAACAAAGAAGAAACUGACAUCACCUGUGACAAAAUCCUCAUCAAGAAUUUCCACUCCAACAUCUAAGCAAGCAUCAACUUCUAAGGUCAUUACUCCAUCUCAACCAUCAGUGAAGAAGGUGAGUGGAACGCCAACUCAAAGAAGUAAUAAUACUCCUUUGGCACAACGCAAGAAAGUUGUUCCUGGGUCAGUUGCAUCGUCGCCUUCUCAAUCGUCAAACAAAAAGUUGAAUGGUGCAACGCCUUCUCAAUCCUCGAACAAAAAGUUGAACGGUGCAACAAUGCAAAGGAGUAAACAUUCUCCUGUACUAGAGAACAAGAGAGUAGCUCCGACAUCAUUACACAUGUCUCUGAGUUUGAGUUCCCCAAAUUCUACAGCUUCUAAUACUACAAUGAGAAAAUCUUUAAUCAUGGAGAAGAUGGGGGACAAAGAUAUUGUAAAGCGAGCAUUUAGGGCUUUCCAGAACAGUUUUAACCAAGGAAGAUCUACCGGAGAUAUGACAUAUGGUGGACAAGAACAGGUGUUGUCAAAGGAAUCUGAGCAGAAAAUUUCAACUUCUCUGACUCCUCAGAAGGAGAGUGAAAGAUUAAGGAAGAUGCCGAAUAAGGAAAUCACUCUAAAAGGCCAAUCAGGGGCUCGUUCGACUUAUUUGUCAUCAGGGGCACCUAAAGAUGGUGGCAUGGAGAAGAAAAAGGUGAAUUCUAUCAGAGCGUCUACGGGCUCGAGAACUGAUAGAUCAGCUGAUAAAUGGAAAGAGGAGGUUACUAAAGCGAAGAUCAAACGACCUGGAUCAAAUAGGUGAAAUAUGGAAGUACACGUAUCCAAAUGAGUGAAAACAUGAAUUUCGGUAUUACCAUGAUGGUAUUUUGUUGAGGAAAUGGACCACUGAACGAGUCAUGCAGGCAAGAUUUCGGGAACUGCUUUUCAAGAACUUCUUAUGCAAGAAGAGCCAGUCAUCUCUUGAAACUGCUGGCUCAGUCGCCUAUUCUCGUAUCGAUCUGGUGUAUUAACACUAUGCUGAACUCUUGACAAUAUCCUCUUGUUCUCUUUGGCAGUUAAAGUCACCGUCUAAUCAGGUCAUUUAGGUUUUAUUUUCUUAUAUUAUAUAGCAUUAGAUCUGGUCUUCCUUAUGUGUAAAAAUGUAUAAGCAGAAAGUGAUCUCUAUGAUUGAAGAUUCCAUUGUAGUAUCAAAGUUAUUGUAUGAUAGGGAAAAAUCUGGUCCAUGUCCAAAGUUGAUUUUAUAUGGUAUUAAAGUAGUGUAAACAUUUGGAUUCAAUGCUUUGUUUCAUGUGAGCUAAGCUUGAAAAUA